GUAUGACUUUUAGCUUAUGCCUUAUCGCUUGUAACUAGUAAUCUUCGUGCACUGUUGCGGGGCCCCUGUUGCAGUGACCAAGUCGUCAAUCUAAAAAGUUAUAUUUCGGAUUUGGGAAAACAGGGAAAUUACUUGAAGACGGCAAAUUAUUUACAAAAAAUGCAAUUAAUUUUUUUUCAUUGUUGUUUAUAUUACUAUUAUUAUUGCUAAAGAAAUUUAAGCAAUAAUUAUUGUAAAACAAUAUUAUCCUCUACGUAAAAGGUGAAUUUUGGAUAUUUCUAAAAUGGGAAAUUGUAUGAAAUCUCAACCAAGCGAUGAGGAUUUGGAUGAAACGGCCAAAUCAAAAGCCGAAUCUAUCGAUAAAGAAGAAAAGCCUGAUAUUUCUGAGAAUAUUUCUACUGUAAUAAUCAAACAGGAAGAGUAUCCAGAAAAGGAUUCUCCACAGGAAACGGGCGAGGUACUUCCAGAAGAAAAUAAUGCUGAAGAAGUAUGUUUGGAUAGUUCAAAUGAUAAUAAGGAUGUACCUGAUAUUUCGGAGAAUAUUUCUACUGUAAUAAUCAAACAGGAAGAGUAUCUAGAAAAUGAUUCUCCACAGGAAACGGGCGAGGUACUUCCAGAAGAAAAAAAUACUGAAGAAGUAUCUUUGGAUAAUUCAAAUGAUAAUAAGGAUGUAGUUGAUCAAUAAAUUAUAUCGAAAAAUCAAUUCUUCCGCCAAAGAAAAAUUCUUUAUAAUUAAGCAAAUUAGAAAAAAAUUUAUAUACAGUAUAAUAAAUUUAAUAUUAAAAUUUUUUUCUUCCGCAAAUAUUUAAAAUAAAUACAAGAACAAUGAAAUUCUUGAGUA